AGUCAUCCUUUGGCCCGACGGUUCGCUUAAAAUUGCCAGGACGUCCCACCAAGUUCUCGUUCAAGGGCAGCGGAAAGAGUCAAGGAUUGGCGUUGCUUGGCAACCGAAGCCCCAGGUACACAAAGUUGAAAGUCCUGGAAACGUCAGGGGUACAAUGCGCAUCGGUGCAUCUCAGUAUUUUGCAAUUAGGUUUUAUUAGAUUUAUUACUUUAAAGGUAAAGAAUGACUCUUUAUUUCGACUAUCGCGUUAACAUCGGGCCGGUCGGGGCCAACACGUCUUUCACUACGAUCGACUGGCAUCAGCAACAUGCUCUCUUGGCCGUGGCACUCUACAAUACAGAAAAAGGUGGAUCAGUCUACAUAUGUGACGAUUUGGGGGAAAAACUGAAAGAUAUCGAACCUGCAUACCAUCCGACGUCAGAAGUUGUCCUCCUCUCAUGGCAUCCGAACAGGAGAACAUUGGUAAUAGCAUGGCAAAAUGGAGAAUUGCGGGUGUGGAAUGGAGACAGCGAGUACAUUCUUGUCCAACUGACAAAACCAUCAGUAAUAAAGAUGGGAAAAUGGUCUCAACAAGGAAGCAAGUUUGUCACAAUAGACAAUUUUGGUGAGAUUGGAGGAUGGCGGCUGGAUGCAAGAGGACAAUUAAUAUCGCUUUUCUUUGUCAAACCGGACUCAGGAAAUCCGAUCUGUCUUGAGAUGAGAGUGGCAAAAUCAAGUCUCGAUAUUGCUGGACUUGCUAAAAAAGCAGUUGCUGGAGAUGAACAGGCACUUGAUAUGUUUAGUGCCUGGAGGCCUAAAACUGCUGGAAGGCGGACCGCUGUUCAAAUGGACGCAACCGCCUUUUAUGUUGGAACAGACAAUGGGUAUAUUUAUCAUAUAAACGAAAGUGGUUUUAUGAGGGAAGUGGCAAGUAAUCUCGGGUUAAUUCAAAAGCUACUUCACUAUGAAAAGGAAGACUGUUUAUUGGUUAUUGUCGAAGGGCUCAAUAUGAAUUACUAUUCAAUUGAUCCGAAUGGUAAUCUGCAAGAAGUUACAAAGGUCAAGCUUAGCACAUCUGCUGCCAUGACUGGUUGUUCUGUAGUCUGGGCAGGAUCUGGUGUACUGGCUUGUGCUGUGGGCGAUAUGACUGUCAGAAUUUGGGAACCAAGCACAGGCGACAGUUAUUCUCUUAUUUUCUCAAGGAGUGACGCUCCACAAUCAUCGUUACGAGAAAUGAUAACAACACUGGCUUUUUCAAAGAACAAAGGGCUUUUAUGUGGCUGCACAAAUGCUGGAACUGUCAUUAUAUGGAAAGUGAAUGGAAAGGGUUACGAUGCAUGGACUCAAGUCGCUUCGACAAAACUGAAACAAAGCAUAAAACAUGCAAUGUGGGGGGCGAAUCAACUUGCGAUUAAUUCUAUUGGGACUGUUUACGUACUGAAAGAACAUACCCUUUCCGCCAUAUAUCAGAAGAAAAUUUUGGUGAUUCAGACUUCUGCUACUCAAAUGAUUGUAAGCACUGGUGAUAAAAAUGUUGAGCUGAACACCGACCUUCAAGUAUCAGGGAUAGCUUUAAAUGACGAAAUUGUUGCCGUUUGGAGUGGAAAAAUGAUGGCUGUGUACCACCAUCUUGCCUCAUCUAUUAGUGUCAUGGGUUCAUUUUCUUGUGAAUGUGUUGCGGCUGGUGUAUGGAACAACAAUUUGAUAGUUUUGACAAUGACUGGAAAAAUCGAGGUGUUGACAUUGCAAGGGACUGUGAAACAGUAUGUGGAUACAGAUGGGCAGCCCAUUACCCUUAGCCUUACUUCUAAUUUCAUGACAAUAUCGACUAUGACUGGAACACUCCAAGUUUGGGAUUUAUCCAGAAGAGAAGCUAAACCUCACUCAAAAGUCAAAGAUCUUAUUGAAGCUAUAAGUGAUUUUGGCGAGGUAAUAAGUGCUGUUUGUAAUAGCAAUGGGACAAAAGUAGCACUGACGAUUGCUAGCAGUAAUCUUACACCCAUACCUGGAAUUUACGUUUGGUGUAUAGAGGAGGAUGUGAUCAGCUCUCAUCAUUUUCAUCCUCAAAACGAACCUAUGAGAUUUGUUAUUUCGAUGCAUUGGGAUUCUGAUGAGCCGAGGCUUUUAGUCUGCGAAGCAAAGAGACCUGUAAUCCCACCUUCGAACAGGCGGAUAACUGCAAGCACUCUCUCAAGGCAGGAAACAAUGUCACCCACAACAGUUCUAGUUUCAUUUUUGGUUACUCCUGAGCAUGGAAUGCUUUUAAAGGAUGUUAAGCCUGUUGAUGAUGAAUUUGUCUCGCUUUUGGGUGUUGAUAUACCAUAUUUUAUUGUGAUAAAAAAAUCUUCUCAACAGAAAAUCGUUGGUAGCAAGAUUUUAAUGAAAGAUUUUGAAGGAUUGGAAGAAGCUGACAGUCAAACAAAAAAUGCCGUUAUUAAUUUUAGCUUCUCUCUGAGUGUUGGAGAUGUGGAUCAGGCAUUUAAAUCAAUCAGAAACAUUAAGAGCCCGGCUGUCUGGACGAGUUUGGCAAAAAUGUGCGUCAAAGGGAAAAGGCUUGAUGUCGCCAAAGUUUGCUUGGGGCGUAUGGGACAUACUAGAGGUGUAACUGCUUUAAAAGAAGCCGAAAACGAGCCGGAGGAAGAAGCUAGAGUAGCGGCUCUUGCAUUACAACUAGGGAUGGUGACUGAGGCGGAAGAACUCUAUGAAUCAUGCGGAAGGUACGACUUGCUUAAUAAAUUAUACCAACGGAGUGAUCAGUGGGACAAGGCAGUAGAAAUCGCUCAAAAAUAUGACAGGAUACAUUUGAGAAAUACAUAUCAUCAUUAUGGAAAGUUUUUAGAAUUAUCCGGUGAUACACCUGGUGCUGCGCACAUGUACCAGAAAGCAGAAACCCACCGGCAUGAAGUCCCUAGAAUGCUUCUCGGAGAUAUACUAGCUUUAGAAAAGUAUAUUGUAGACAGCAAAGACCCGGUAUUGUUAAAAUGGUGGGCGCAGUUCAAAGAAAUGAAAGGUGACAAAAAGACAGCGACCAAAUUUUAUGAAGACGCAAGAGAUUAUACUUCGUUGGUGAGGAUGAUGUGCCAUGCUGGAGAAAUGGAGAAAGCGACACAGAUCGCUGAAACGACUGGUGACAAGGCGGCUUGUUAUUACCUUGCGGGUCGUUAUGAAGAAAUGGGAAUUCUACCGACUGCUGUCCAUUUUUAUACCAGAGCGACGGCUUAUACUAAUGCAAUGCGACUGUGCAAGGAACAAGGCUUAGAAGAUCAGCUAUGGGCUUUAUCUUUAUCAGCCGGCCCGAGGGAACAAGCAGAAGCUGCUAAAUUCUUAGAAGCCAUAACUCCUGAAAGAGCAGUAUUGCUGUACCAUAAAGCUGGGAUGUUUCAUAAAGCUUUGGAUCUUGCUUUUAGAAAUAAUCAGUUUGAUGCCGUUGAACUUAUUGCGACAGAACUUACAUCAGACGACGACAAAGAACUUUUAGUUAAAUGUGCGGAUUAUUUUAUCGAGCAAGAACAUUUUGAAAAAGCUGUCCAUCUUCUUGCAAUUGCAAAACAGUAUGAAUCAGCUAUAAAGCUAUCUUGGGACCACAACGUACUUCUCAAUGAAGAACUCGCCGAAAAAUUAAGUCCAGAAGAAGGCCAUGAAAACCGUGUCAUACUUUUAGAAACUUUGGCUGAUUGCGCCCUUGCGCAAGCUAAUUAUCAUCUCGCUACAAAAAAAUACACACAGGCCGGGAAUAAGAUGAAAGCCAUGAAAGCAUUACUUAAAUCCGGCGAUACAGACAAAAUAAUAUUUUUUGCAAAUAUAACAAGGCAAAAAGAAAUGUAUGUAAUGGCAGCAAACUAUCUCCAAUCGCUUGAUUGGAGAGUGAAACCAGAGCUUUUGAAAACAAUUAUAAGCUUUUAUACAAAAGGAAAAGCUCCACAUCUGCUAGCAAAUUUUUAUGUUGCGUGUGCCCAGGUUGAAGUUGAUGAUUUUAGGAACUACAACAAAGCUCUAGGGGCGUUAAAUGAAGCUUCAAAAAGCUUAUCGGGUCCAAAUGCUGACCAGUACUCAAACUUAAAAGAAAUGAUUAGUCGUAAAACAGCACUAGUGAAUAAAUUCCUUGAUGCAACAAGGCAAUUUGAAAGAGGCGAAAAUGAAGCCGGAAUGCAGACUUGCAGGAUACUGUUGAGUAGUGGUGAAAGCGAACUUGUCAGAAAGGGAGACGUUUAUGCUCUCAUGAUUGAAAAUACUGUAAGGAAUAAUGAUUUGGUAGCGGCUAAAACUUUAGUUCAUGAGUUAAAACUGGCCCAGCCAAACGACACCAUUGACUUCUAUCUUACGAAAGAUAUUUUAGCAAGAUUGGGAAUAGAAGUGGAACAAACGACAAAUGACGAAGGGCAAUCCGAUGGUGAUGAUAAUGUCAUCGAUGAAACUGUUUAGUGUAAAAGUCAACAGGAUGUUUAUUCUGUAUUAUUGUUAUUUAUGUUCUUCUAGUUUAUUAAUACUUAAAUGUAUAAAUAUAAAUAUAUUUUUUCUAAAUGGA